AACAGUCCAACUUUGAUUGAAAAAGUUUUGAUGUCAAAAAGUUGUCUGCAAAGACCUCUCAUUUUACUUAAAUUUUUCGAUGUAGACGAGGGAUUAUUGUCUUCGCGAUAUAAUCAAUGGAUACACGAUCGACGAUUCAUGAAUCAAUAUUUUAGUACAAAAAAGAUUCAAUCAUAUAUCGCUUCGUUUUAUGAAUGUGCUGAUUGUUUAGUGGAUAAGAUCAACAAGAAGCAUUCACACACCAAUAACGAGAUUGAGUUACUACCACUUAUUGAGUUCUGUGCGGUACAAGGUGUUUGUACAACAUUAUUUGGGAUGGCAUUAGAAGAUGAGAGAAUCUCGGACAUUUAUAAGAAGACUUCUGUUAUUUUUGAGACCAACACUGAAACAUUCGAAAAUGGUUUGAAAAAUCCACUGCAAUUCUUGGACAUCUUUUACAAACGGUCUUCAAAUUACCGAAAAGUGAAAAAUGCACAAAAAUAUCUCACCGACCUUUUAACCAAUAUGAAGUUUGAAAGUGAAAGUGGAGAAAGUGAUGAGUCGUUGCUUCAAGGUCUCAUUAAAAAUGGAAGCGAGAAAUUCACAAAAAAACAAGUUCGAGAACAUAUUUUGACAUUUUUAAAUGCUGGUUUGGACACAACAUCUGCGAUGAUUAAUUAUACAAUUUUAUUUCUUGCAAUGAACUUGAAUUGUCAAGAGAAACUUGCUGAAGAAAUAACAGAAAAUCUUCAAAAUGCCACUGAACUUGACGCUCUGUUAAAAAUGGAAUAUUUAGAUCGUGUUGUCAAAGAAAGUUUUCGUUUAGCACCGCCAAUUUUUCUCAUCGGACGUGAAACAAUUGAAGAUUUUGAGAUUCUUCCAGGAGUGAUUAUUCCUAAAGACACAGCACUUACGAUCAACACAUUUGUGCUUCACCGGAGGAAAGAAAUUUAUGGAGAUGACAGUCACAACUUUAAUCCCGACAAUUUCCUACCGGAAAAAAUUGCUAAUCGUCAUUCAUUCAGCUUUCAGCCAUUUUCAACAGGAAGAAGAAAUUGCAUAGGAUAUCGUUUCGCAAUAUUCUUCAUCAAAGUCGUUCUUGUUCAGCUGAUAAAAAACUUCAAAUUCACAACAAAGUCCAAAUAUGAAGAUUUACGCUUUAAGUAUGGAAUGACAUUAAAGUUAACUGAAAACCAUCUUUUAAUGGUAGAUAAAAGAAACUCAAAGUAA